AUGGCCUCUCAGGCAGCCAGAGGCGGUGUUUCGCUCCCGGAGAAGCGUCCUCCCAAGCGUCAACAGCCCGACUCCGACACCAUCCUCGCGAAGCUAACCAACUCCGAGAUCGUCUCCAAGGGCAAGCGAGCCGCGUGCGACACCGCCUAUGUCACCAAGAGACUCCUCCGCAGCACCGGCAAGGCGGCUUGGAUCGCCGGGACCACCUUCUUGAUCUUGGUGGUGCCGUUGAUCAUCGAGAUGGAUAGGGAUCAGCAGCUGACCGAGCUCGAGCUCCAGCAGCAGAGUCUCCUCGGAGCACCGCCGGUUGGUGCGCCUCAGAAGUAG